AUGACCACGUCCAACUACUACCCGCCUGAUUACAACGGCAAAGUCGACCGUAUGACGUCCAACAGCGAGUUCGAGUGCUGUUUGGCCGUCAAGCAUGUCGAGGAGCUCAUUAGAUACGCCAAAUACCAGUACGACCGAAUGAAGAGCUGGGGUGUGUGGGAUCCGCAGGAAGCCCGAAAGAUGCGUGACGAAUAUGAACGCCAUGUCAUGAGACUGGAGCAAAAGCUGCGGUUCUACAGAAGUGAUUUGGAGUCUUUCACAAUGAGAGGAGGAGAUUUCGAGCUGUUUACCUGA